GCAUGUGUGUGUGUGUGUGUGUCUGUGUGACUGAGCUAGAAACACUUUGAAAUGGCGUUAUCGUAGGUCCAUCUGCCCCUGACAACUAACUUUUUCCUUUUACAUUCUGGACACCAAAGAGAGAGGACAUCCACAGCUGCAGAAAAAUGGGUAGCAAGUAUCACUGGCAGAGCCAGAAUGUCAAACAGAGUGGGGUGGACGACAUGGUGCUCCUCUCCAAGAUCACAGAGGAUGCCAUCGUGGAGAACCUGAAGAAAAGAUACUUGGACGACUAUAUCUUUACAUACAUCGGCUCAGUGUUGAUAUCAGUCAACCCGUUCAAACAGAUGCCUUACUUCACUGACCGGGAGAUCGAACUGUACCAGGGGGCAGCCCAGUAUGAAAACCCGCCCCAUAUCUAUGCUCUCACUGACAACAUGUACAGGAAUAUGAUGAUUGACAGCGAGAACCAGUGUGUCAUCAUCAGUGGGGAAAGUGGAGCUGGAAAGACGGUUGCCGCUAAAUAUAUUAUGGGAUAUAUCUCUAAGGUGUCUGGAGGAGGACCAAAAGUACAGCAUGUGAAAGACAUCAUUCUACAGUCCAACCCACUUCUGGAGGCUUUUGGGAACGCGAAGACCGUCCGGAACAACAACUCCAGUCGCUUCGGUAAAUACUUUGAGAUCCAGUUCAGCAGAGGAGGAGAGCCGGACGGGGGUAAGAUCUCUAACUUCCUCUUGGAGAAGUCCAGAGUGGUCAGCCAGAACGAGAGCGAAAGGAACUUUCACGUCUUCUACCAGAUGCUGGAGGGGGCUGCCCCUGACCAAAGAGAGGCCCUGGGCAUCAUGACUCCUGACUACUACAGCUACCUAAACCAGUCUGGCACAUACAAAGUGGACGGCACCAACGACAGCAAAGACUUCCAGGAGACCAUGGAGGCCAUGCAGGUGAUCGGGAUCCCUCAGGACCACCAGGUGCAGGUGCUCCAGAUCAUCGCCGGCAUCCUGCACCUCGGAAACAUCACCUUCAUCGAGCAGGGCAAUUACGCCCAGGUGGAGAGCACCGACUUGCUGGAGUUCCCAGCCUACCUCCUGGGCAUCGACUCCGGCCGCCUGCAGGAGAAGCUGACCAGCCGCAAGAUGGACUCCAAGUGGGGGGGCAAGUCGGAGUCCAUCCACGUCACGCUGAACCAGGAGCAGGCCAACUACACCAGGGACGCGCUGGCCAAGGCCCUCUACACGCGCGUCUUCGACUUCCUGGUGGAGGCCAUAAACAAAGCCAUGCAGAAGCCUUAUGAAGAGUUCAGCAUUGGAGUAUUGGACAUUUACGGCUUUGAGAUAUUCCAGAAAAACGGCUUUGAGCAAUUCUGCAUUAAUUUUGUGAACGAGAAGCUUCAGCAGAUCUUCAUUGAGCUCACGCUAAAGGCAGAGCAGGAGGAGUAUGUGCAGGAAGGCAUCAAGUGGAGUCCAAUUGAUUACUUCAACAACAAGGUGGUGUGUGACCUCAUCGAGAACAAAAACCCUCCGGGCAUCAUGAGUGUUCUGGACGACGUGUGUGCCACUUUGCACGCCAAAGGGGAUGGAGCAGACGGCACGCUGCUGCAGAAACUGUCGGGCGCCGUGGGAACACACGAGCACUUCAACAACUGGAACGCUGGCUUUGUUAUCCACCACUACGCCGGCAAGGUGUCCUACGACAUAAACGGAUUCUGCGAGAGAAACCGAGACGUCCUCUUCCCUGACCUCAUUGAACUCAUGCAGAGCAGCACACAUGACUUCAUCUGCAGCCUCUUCCCAGAGAACCUCAACACGGACAAAAAGAGCCGACCCACCACUGCUAGUUCUAAGAUUAGGAAACAGGCCAAUGACCUGGUGAACACGCUGAUGAAGUGUACGCCCCACUACAUCCGCUGCAUCAAGCCCAACGAGACCAAGAGGCCCAAAGACUGGGAGGAGAGCCGGGCGAAGCAUCAGGUGGAGUACCUGGGCUUACGCGAGAACAUCAGGGUGAGACGGGCAGGGUUCGCCUACCGCAGAGUCUUCAACAAGUUCCUCCAGAGGUGAGCACCCCAUCCCGAUCCAGAGACAUGGCCGGGCUGGUGUGGGCGAGAGGAGGACGGUGUGCUCCACCUUCUGCGCUCCGUCAACAUGGACACUGACCAGUACCAGAUGGGCCGCUCCAAAGUGUUCGUCAAGAACCCCGAAUCGCUGUUCCUCCUGGAGGAGAUGCGUGAGAGGAAGUUCGACACAUUCGCCCGCAUCAUUCAGAAGGCCUACAGGAAGUACAUUGCCAGGAGGAAGUACGAACAGAUGAGGGAGGAAGCGUCAGACAUCUUGUACAACUCUAAGGAGCGACGUAGGAACAGCAUCAACCGUAACUUCGUGGGCGACUACCUGGGCAUGGAGGAGCGUCCGGAGCUGAGGCAGUUCCUCGGCAAGAGAGAGCGAGUCGACUUCGCCGACUCCGCCAACAAGUUCGACCGGCGCUUCAAGUCGAUUAAGCGGGACUUGAUCCUGACUCCUAAGGGGAUUUACCUGAUUGGUCGAGAGAAGGAGAAGAAGGGACCAGAGAAGGGCAUGAUCAAGGAGGUGCUGAAACGCAAGCUGGAGCUGGGGAGCAUCCGGGCCAUCUCACUGAGCACGAGGCAGGAUGACUUCUUCAUUAUCCAUGAGGCUCAGUAUGACAGCCUGCUGGAGUCCAACUUUAAGACCGAGUUCCUCAGCCUGCUCUGCAAGCGCUACGAGGAGACGACCAAGAGCAAACUGUCCCUCUCCUUCAGUGACCGGCUGGACUUUAAGGUUAAGAAGGAAGGCUGGGGGGGAGGGGGCACUCGUACCCUGGUGUUCCAACGAGGACAGGGCGACUUGGCGCAGAUAAAACCAGGAGGAAAGACCCUGACCAUCAGCAUCGGCGACGGGCUGCCCAAGACGUCCAAACCCAGCCGGAAAGGCGCUCCGCAAGGCCAGGGCCGGAGACAGCAGCAAAGCAGAGGACAUCAGAAUGGCUGCCCAGUUCUCCGUGGCCACACCCGCCCGCCCAGAGAGCAGACCUUAUCCUCCCAACACAAGCCCAUGCAAGCGCCCUGCCCAAAAUUAAUUCCCAGAAGGUCCGGCGUGGCCCUUUUACCGGCCCAUGGAAGCAAGCAGGGGGACUUCCUCAACGUCCCCGACCAAGGGGUGUCUGGCAUGCAGAGGAAGAAGAGCAUCAGCCAGCCUCGUGCUCCCCCCGCUCCCAACCGGCCUAAAGCCCAGGCCCCUCCCCCUGGGCCGCGCUGCCGAGCGCUCUACCAGUACGUGGGACAGGACACCGACGAGAUCAGCUUCAACGUCGGAGACAUCAUCGAGCUCAUGACCGAAGAUCCAUCGGGAUGGUGGAGAGGACGUUUCCGUGGCAAACAGGGCCUCUUCCCUGGAAACUACGUGGAGAAAUUCUGAAGGCCUUCUCAGCGUCUGGUGCUUCCGACAAACAGCACUUUACAUCAUCUCUUCUGCUCACUUGUUCAUGCUCCCGGCGAGGAAGGAAGGACAUUACAGGACGGUGAAACUGGACAAAAGAAAAAGAAGUCAAAACGUUUUAUCUACAGACACCACAUUUGCAGUUUACGCAGAGGAGUGAUGAACCGGUGUGAUUAGAAAAGGAUUUGCAGAGGAUUUGCUCUUUCUGUGCUGGUUUUCUACUUAUGAAAUGGAGGUAUCGCACUGACCAGAAGCAGACACCAGGGGGCAGUGUUGGAAUGUCAACUUUAGUAAUUCUUUUGUUUUCUAUAAGAACAGCUGGAAGAGUGGCUCCCUCAUUUACUGCUUUAACCAGUUAACUCUUUGCUCUUUGCAUUGUAUUGUAGUGUAUAAUGACGAGUAUCUCUCUUCAUCUCUGAGCUGUGUCUGCCUUCAUCUCUGUGUGAUGUUCCAAAGAAACUUAAUAAAACACACACACAAAACAGUGUUAAGAA